UUGUCAUGGUGACGGGAAAAACGCUCAGCCCGAGCAGGUACAUGGUUUAGUGUGUGUGACAACAGAAAGAAAGGUUAUUAAACAGUGUUUCUGUCAGCCUGGACUGAAGACUGAAGAUUGCAGCAAGCCUCAUCGUCAUGUGUGAGAGCACCGCGGUUCCGAGCGGGGAAGUUUACCGGCAGCUGUUCGACGCUCAGGCUCAGCUGUCCAGAUCUCUUCUAGCCGGACGCAGAGACACCGGGACAAAUUGUCUGUCUGAUGUGGACAGCAACACACACUGCAGCACAGCCAGCAGUAGAAGGCAGCAGGCGGAGCACAGUGAUGAUGAUGAUGAUGAUGUCAUAGAUGAUGUCGGCAGACUUCCAGAUGCCGUGGUUGUUGAUCAUCCCGGCUCUGACAUCAUUGAACGUCUGACAGAGAAAAAAAGUCAAAAACAUCAAGAGGCUCUCAAACAGCUGGAUUCAGACCUGAGCCAGCUGUCUCAGGUGUGUGAGACUCAGGUAAAGGCCAUCAGUCAGGAGCUAUUGUCCAGUCUGCAGGAGGUGGAUCUCAGAUUGGACACCCUGAACGUCAGAAUGAAUCGGCUGGAAGAUCUGGAAGAUGUCAGUAUGCAGGAGAUCCACGGUCUUUGGAAGGAGGUAGAGGAAGACGUGAAGCUGAAGAAGACCACUAUCAUAGAACUUAACCUCAAACUGACUGAAACUGAAAAACAACGUACUGACCAGAUCAGAGCUAUUAUCAGGAAGUACUACCGUGUGUUGGAGCAGAUCAGUUUCCUGCAUCCAUCUGACAUCCACAGGCUAAUCCACACUGAAGCUACAAUGCUGAAUCAGACUCUGCUAGCAAACCGUUGCAGCAUUGCCCGACUGCUGCUGCUCCUCCAGGAGGAAAAUCUACAUAAGGAGUCAAUCCUUCGUCAGCACUGGGAGGACUGUCUGAGUCACUGGAGAAGGAAAAGAGUCCACAGAAUUGUAGAUCAGUUCAGAGGUUUCUGCAGCAGGAAUGAGGAUCAGCAGCUGGCCUCAGUUCAGCAGAUAAAACUAACCCAGCAAGAUCUGACUGAACGGCGCCGUGACAUCAUUAACAAGAUCAGCUCUCUGGUCCCACCCACAUGCUCCAAAGCUUUGGUGUCUGAUUGGUUUGACCAACUAACAGAUGUCAAUCAGCAAAUUGAGCAUUUCCACACUGAGCUACUCCAUCAGCUGCAUUGCUGCUUUGAACAGACAUGGCAGAAUCGGCUGGCGGAGGUGGAGCGCUGUAAGGAAGUGCUCUCAUCUUUGGAAUUGUCAGAAGAGGAAGUGAAUGACAUCAUCAACUCACAGCUUCUCACAGUGAUUGGAGCACAGCAGAGUCAGGAUGAAGAGCAGCUGGCCGCUUUAGAUGUGUGCAGUGACUCUGUGGCCCGUCAUGCUUUCAGUCUAAGUAGGAGUGUAUUUGUUGUCAUGCGAGCAGCAGCAUUGCUGUGGGAGACACAUUGUCAAAGAUUAGAGAGGAGAGAUGAAAAACUACAACAAGACCUGAAUGAUCUCAGAUGCUCACAGCAGCAGCACUUACAAAAACGGAAGAUGCAAAUGGAUGACCUGUUAGGAGGACUCCGUCAAGAGAGCAGUGAGGAUGCUCUGAAGACGUCUCUGGACAAAACUAUCGGUUACUUGCAGCAGAUUAAGCACAGUUGCAAUCAAUUUGUCAUUGAUCAAUGGACCCUGUUGAAUCUUCACCCGUCGUGCUGUUUGGAGGAGCUUGUCUCCUACAGCAGGAACCUCAGCUCCUUCUACCACCUGAGUCACACCUACCAACCGGUAACCAUAGCAGACAGACCUCACUCACUACAUGUAGCCGUUGAAAGAUCACCACCUCAAAGGCUGACUGUCUGUGUGUCAAGGUCCCGGACUCUGUUCUUGAACCACCUGGAGCAGCAUUUCCACAAUGUGUUCAGUUUAGCGGUUUUAAUGAUGAGAGACAGGAAGGAGGCGGUGCGCUCAGAGCAGGAGCUCCAACUCCAGCAGCUGAGCCCCCGACAUAUCAAGACCCAUAUAUACGAGCCCCGCAUGGCUGAGCUACAGCUCCACAGACAGCAUGUGGACACCCACUUUGAGGGUGUGUUGGACCUGUUGACCUCCUGUAGGAUGGAAUUGCAAGACCUGCAGGCCUCCAUAAAGAAAAAGAACAUGGAGCUUAUGGUCACUUUGUCCAACAUUGAGGCCAACAUCCAAACAGCCAGCAGCAGUCAACAUUGGGAGGCUGCUAGCACCACCCUGCAGGACUGUCUGCAUGGACACAUCAAAGAAACGCAAGACUGGCUGACAAACUUCAGACAGACAGUCAGGAUAAGAAUGGAGGAGGCCAGAAACAAAACAGCACAACUCCUCAGCUCCUUCAGGCUGUUCAGUGAAGGAGGAGAUUUUGCACCUCAGGAGCUAAAGAUGUUUCAGAGAAGGGUGAGGGAGGAAACUAAGCGUAUCAACACGACUAAGGAGUCCAUCUACUCUGCUCUUGAGGCUUUUGAAUCCAGGAGCUUACAGCAGGUGAAAGAAGUGUCGGCUCCCUUGGAAGAGAAACUGUCCUUUCUGAAGUCUGAGGUGAAAUUUAUUGAGGAUGCCCAGAAAAUGAUCACCAGCACACAAGUUCACAUCAAAGCUGAGGCUGCCAGAAGUAACCACCAGCAGACUGUUAUCAGCAAAAGACUGGAGGACCUGAGGAAGAUGUUGGAUGACACACAGCUGUCUCCAGAUCAGGUUUGUUCCUUCCUGUCAUCAAUCAAUAAAGAACUCACGGAGUGCUGUCAGUACCUGGAUUUGAGUUUGGACUCUGCACUGGAGGAAAGCCUUGCUUUGUCAGGUCACCAUAAAUCCAGGAAGCAGGUCCUGCUAAACCCGUCUCCUGGUUUACUGCAGCCAAACAAAACAAAUAUGGACCCCCUUGAUGAUCCUGUUGUGGGGAUCAUCAGGUCCUUGAACAGGAUUAGUUGCCAAGAUCCAGCAAAGGAAAGAGAACAGAGACAAAGGAUAUCUUCUGGUCUGAAUCCUAUCCAGCUUCAGCAGAGACAAGAUUCUGUCAAUGCACCGAGUGUAAAGAGGGGCGCCAGGUUUAUCAGGACUGAUAUCAGGCAUGAGAGAAGGUUCCAGAUUUUUGGACCCGAACCAGAUCUGAGUGCACAGUCUUUUAGCUCCAAAGUUAUUUUGGCGUUGUGGAAAGCCAAUGACAUUCUCCUGCAGCUUGCUGAGGACUUUUAUCGCAGUGAGCGUCUAAGCUGUUUCCAGCUUCUUCCUGACUCCUUGGACCAAUGGAUUGAGAACACGCAGCAGAAGCUGGUGGGAUACCACGAGCAGGCAAGGAGGUUUCUGGACACCAGCAGAGAUGAUGUGGUGAAGCAGCUGUCUGUGUUCGAGGAGCUGCUACUUUUAUCACCUGCAGUUUUGAUCAGUGACCAUGAGCGACAGCAUGUUGCGGGGCUCAGAGAGGAAGUGGCGAGACUCACACAGAAGCUGGAGGAGACUCUGGCAGCCAGUGAGAAGGAGAAGAGUGUGAACAUAGGUCAGCUGCGAACGUCUCUCGGGGAGGAUGAGCUGGAGAUGCUGAACAGCAGAGAAGAGCUGAGACAGCAGCAGCUACACAGCACUAUCUCCAGUGCACACCUUGAGCUGCAGGAAUGUGUGAGAGGCAGAGGGGAGGAGUUUGUUACAUCACUGGCUUCUCUGACAGAGAAGCUGCUCCAUCAGAUGAAUGACCUCUUUAGACCUGCAGAAACUGGUACAGCAACAGCACGACAGCAGACAGAAGGUGGUGCUGUUACUGUAGAAGCAGCAUCUGAAACAGGAAGCAGACCAAGUGCUGAAAAUAGCACAGGUGACCUGCCAUCUUCUCAUACUACGGUAACAACAGUUUCGAUCGCUACAUCCAAGUGGACCCCAGGAUAUGUGACUGUUAUGGAGCAAAGAAACACUGCUAUGAAGCGGUUUGAGCAAGUGGUCAAGUUGGAACUGUUGCUCUCAGACGACAUGAAACGAAGACAGCUGAGCGAACAACAGAGCUGGAACACACACUGGAGACAACAGAUACACUCUCUGAAACUGAUACAGAAGCCAACAUAGCAGCAGCUGACUGAAAGUUUUUGGUGUAGGCUGUGAUGGCAUUUACUGCAUUUAAUGUUUGUUAAUAAACCAGAGAAGAAGAAAAACUUCCUGA